CGCCGCCGCCGCGCCGCCUGCCCCCCGGCCUCGGCAUGGAGGGGGAGCCGCCCGCCAGCGCCGCCGCCGCCUCCGGCCCCGGCGGCGGCGGCGGCGGGGAGAAGGGCGCCCCGUGCCAGGAGUGCGGGGAGCAGCCGUGGAAGUACCGGUGCCCGGGCUGCUCGCGCCUCACCUGCAGCCUCCCCUGCGUGCAGGCCCACAAGCGCCGCACCGCCUGCUCCGGCAAGCGCCCCCGCACCGUCCCCGUCCCGCUCGCCCAGUUCGACGACAGCCAGCUCCUCUCCGAUUACAACUUGCUGGAGGAGACGGGCCUGGUCAGGGAGUCGGCCCACCGGCUGCUCGGCGACUUCGGGCGCAACUACGGCUGCAGCUUCGAGGGACGGCACGGCGCCCAGCUGCCGUCGUGGCUCUCCUUCCUCCGCAAGGCCGCGGAGCGCCGGGGGGUCCGGCUCGCCUUCCUCCCCAGGGGCAUGACCAGGAGGGAGCGGAACCGCUCCCGGCACGACAGGAGAAGUGACUGCAUAUACUGGACAGUCGAGUGGAAGUUCAAUUCAACAGAUAUUGUCCUAACUGACGAGCAGACAGACGAGAAUGCAAGCUUGCUCUCUUUACUGGAAAAGCAUCUGACUCCUUCCCCGUGGAAGGACCAGCUUACGCCAUAUCGCAAUACUGAACUGCGUGAUUUGAAACUGUUCAUUCAGAAGUCUGCCAAGAAUUCAAAGUCGCCACACCGUCAACUCAAUAUAGAAGAGCCCUUGCGCCCCCAGCUGAGGGGCACUCUUAUUGUCGAGUACCCAACUAUCAAUGUCUUCCUUCCAUCAGAUAGUUACGAGUUUCAAGUCGAGAAGCCUGCAAACAAGAUUAGUAGACAGGAGCAGCCCCCUGGCAGCUCGAACGAUAGUCCCCCUAUAGAAGGCACUCAGUUUCAGGAGGAAGAAAUAGAGGAAGGCGAGUUGUCUCCAGAGACGCAGGUUAUUGAUCUCAAGGAUUGUGGACCGUCACGUACCGCAAAUCUUUCUCAAGUGAAGGUUACGAGUGAACCUAAGAUGGACAGCAUGCCGUCGUAUGUCCGCGGUCUGGCAUUCGGUGGUAAACAGGGGGAAGUGGAUCAACAUAGCAAGAUGGCAUCGAACAUGACUCCUGGGUCUCCCAAGGCUAAAUCCUGCAUGAAAGUCUACCCGGUGGACUUGGACGAAGAAGUUGAAGGCGGGACCUUAGAGGGGCAGGUCAUAGACCUCAAGAAUCUUGUCACUUCAGAUCCUGGCAAUAUUGGUCCACCCAAAUACAUGAAUUGCAAGACGGAUUCUUCAGUGCUGUCUCCCAUCAGUACUCUAGCAUCUGAGGUCUCGAGUUGUACUCAGGAAGAAGAACACAACCUACAAAGCACGCUGCCACCGAACACAACUCCUGAAGCUCUGAAAAAGAGAUCUCUCACGAAAGUCUACCCGCUGGACACGGAUGACGCCCAGGGGCUGCUGCUCUCGGAGCUUCCCAGCGUGGAGUUGGAGCAGGAGAUGGGAGACGCCUACGAGGAUCUGUUCGGGGACUUGAACCCCGACGACUUCCUCAACUUCGACCUUGAGACAAUGGACGUGGACGGAUACGGCGAAAUGAGGUCCCCGUUGAAGCUCUGGGACGACCUGGACUUGGAGGAAGGCGAGAUCCCCUCGCAGCUCUGAAGAAGAGACCUGGGUGCUCGGAACUCGACACGAGAGCUUGGAAUCCGUUUGCCCGGAGUGUUGUGGAACACUCCCAUGUAGCAUUGGCAUUGGUACCACCUCAGGUGCUAUUUAUUCGUUGUUGUUUUUCUCUUGGUUCCGGUUGUCGUCGGGGCGGCAUGGAGUUGUAUUUCGAGUUUUGAUCUUGUUUGCUGCUCCUUGUAGUUGCAGAGAUUUUGAGGCUGUAACUCUGCAGCUGCAAGGCCUGUCAAGCAAGCGGUAGUCGUGAACUGAAGCUGGUGGUCGGUUUAUCGAUCAUAGUUGUGUGUAAAAUGCCGUUGUGCAAAGGCUGUGGUGUUAUCUAUGAACGCAUCAUCAAUCUGUUGAUCA